CUCUCUCUCUCUCUCUCUCUCUCUCUCUCUCCUCCGACAGAUGUAGGCAGUAAUAACAGUGGAUACUACGAGCUAGCGGCCGUCCUGACGCACAAGGGAAGGUCUUCAUCAUCUGGUCACUACGUCGGCUGGGUGGCCCUCAAGAACGGUGAGUGGGCGAAGCUGGACGACGACAAGGUUACCUUGGUGACGGAGGACCAGAUACUGAAGCUGUCUGGAGGUGGCGAUUGGCACGUGGCCUACAUUCUGUUGUACGCUCCUCGGAGGUUGGAGAAGAUGAGAGAGGAAGAGGAGGAGGAGGAGGAGGAGACCCCACCCACUGCAGAGGAGACUUCUGAUGUUCCAAUGGAGACUGCUGACUCAGCAGACCCUCCUCCUCCUCCUCCGACCAAUUAACAAUGACAUCAUCGUGACAUCAUUCCAUCUCUCUUGAUUAGACCAGUGUGUCAGCUUCACACACAUCGUGACUAUUGUAUAAUGACUAUUGUGAUGAUGGUGUGUGUAUUAUAACAACACAACCAUAAUUAUGCAAUAUUG